CAAUAUCUUGAGGAUUUCCUGGUGGGGGAUGUGCACACUGAUGACCUGAGACAUUUGAUGUUUUCCUCACCAGCUUCUUCUUCUCUGCUAUGCCUUACCCUGGUAUUGUGACGGAACAUUCGAGGCCACCUCCUAGCCAUCAACUUUGGUCCAUCCAUGCCUCCAUCAGGAGAUGAGAAAGCAACAGACAGGUUCUCAAGAAGUUGAAAGAAACCUUAGGGGUAGAGCCAGAAGCCCAGGGUUUUGUUUCUGACUUUGAGAAAGUUGUGUGAAAAGCAAUGAUCAGGGAAGUUUUCUUGGCUGCCUCCAUUAAGGGCUGUGUAUUCCAUUUCACCCAAGCUGUAUGGUGGAAGACACAGGAACUUGGCCAUAAGACAACAUACAGUCAGCGGGAGGCUGGGUAUCGAUACAUCAGGAUGCUCAUGGUGCUGCAGUUUCUAUCAUCCACCAACACAGAGCCAGCAUUCCAACGUCUAAGCCAGCGUCUAAGUCAGCGAGCUACAUCCACCGAGCUGAGGAACCUUGUUGGCUACACGGAGAACACCUGGCUAAACAACCCCGUGUGGAGGUCAGGGAACUGGUCCAUCUACAGACAGUCCAUCAGGACCAACAAUGACGUGGAAGGUUACCACACAUGGAUCAAUGCAGACAUGGGACGAGGCAACAAAUCCUACAUUGAAGUGAUCAUUGUUGAGCUUACCCACCAACUGGUGAAUGAAGAACAAAUCUUCCGAAACCAAUGACAAAAACAGCGCAGGAUGAAAUGCGGUUUACACCAGACCUGGGAGGAGUAUGGGCAGCGCUCUGUAUCCCAGCUCCUCAGCGAGUGCGGAGAUAUCUAAGGACCAUGCAGUGACUAAUGAACUUUAGUGUUAUUGUGUAUAGUGCUGUGAUAUGUGCUCUUUCAUGAACUUCCAAGUUAUUACAUGUACUGUGAAAUGUGCUUUCAAGUGAACCUCUUUUAUCGUGUGCUUUAAUACUUUAUAGUGAACAUUUCAACGACACGAGGAUUGGACUUAAUUUCUGUGCAGAUUUAGUGUGACAUUGAUG